AUGAAUUCUCAACCGGAUUUGAUAAGUCCACAAAAAUCCUCUUCUUCAAAUGAGGUGGAUUCUCAUGAAUCCAAAUAUCUAAACCAAGUCGGCAAGAAUGAUAUGGCUGACGAAUUUGUUCAGAACGAAAUGAUUGCCAACCCAAACACUGGUAAAGGUGCUUUUGUCGGUGUCAUUAUCAGUUGUUUCAUGGUCGCUUUUGGUGGUUUUGUCUUUGGAUGGGAUACCGGUACUAUUUCUGGUUUUGUCGCACAAAAGGAUUUCAUUCACAGAUUUGGUAUGAAGCAUCCUGACGGAACUGAAUACUUAUCCAAGGUCAGAACUGGUUUAAUUGUCUCUAUCUUCAAUAUUGGUUGUGCCAUCGGUGGUAUUAUUCUAUCUAAGCUUGGUGACACUAAAGGUCGUAAGAUGGGUUUGGUUGUUGUCGUUGUUAUUUACAUCGUUGGUAUCAUCAUCCAAAUCGCUUCCAUUAACAAGUGGUACCAAUACUUCAUCGGUAGAAUUAUCUCUGGUUUGGGUGUUGGUGGUAUCUCUGUUCUAUCUCCAAUGUUGAUUUCUGAAGUCGCUCCAAGUGAUCUAAGAGGUUCUCUAGUUUCUUGCUACCAAUUGAUGAUCACAUUGGGUAUUUUCUUGGGUUACUGUACUAACUUCGGUACCAAGAACUACACUAACUCUGUCCAAUGGAGAGUUCCAUUGGGUCUAUGUUUCGCCUGGGCUCUUUUCAUGAUCGGUGGUAUGACCUUCGUUCCAGAAUCCCCACGUUAUUUGGUUGAAGCUGGUCAAAUUGAAGAAGCCAGAUCAUCCUUGGCCAGAAUCAACAAAUGUUCCCCAGAUCACCCAUACAUCCAACAAGAACUAGACUUAAUUCAAGCUAGUGUUGAUGAAGCUAGAUCUGCAGGUUCUGCUUCUUGGGGCGAAUUAUUUACCGGUAAGCCAGCUAUGUUCAGACGUACUCUUAUGGGUAUCAUGAUUCAAUCUUUGCAACAAUUGACAGGUGACAACUACUUCUUCUACUAUGGUACUAUUGUUUUCAAGGCUGUUGGUUUAGAAGAUUCCUUCGAGACCUCCAUUGUUUUCGGUGUUGUCAACUUCUUCUCCACCUGUUGCUCUUUGCUAACUGUCGAUCGUUUCGGUCGUCGUAACUGUUUACUGUAUGGUGCUAUCGGUAUGGUCUGCUGUUACGUUGUCUAUGCUUCUGUUGGUGUCACAAGAUUAUGGCCCCAUGGUCAAGGUAAUGGCUCUUCCAAGGGUGCCGGUAACUGUAUGAUCGUCUUCUCCUGUUUCUACAUCUUCUGUUUCGCUACCACCUGGGCUCCAAUCGCUUAUGUUAUUAUCUCUGAAACUUUCCCAUUGAGAAUCAAGGCCAAGGCCAUGUCCAUUGCAACUGCUGCUAACUGGAUGUGGGGUUUCUUGAUUGCCUUCUUCACUCCAUUCAUCACCAAUGCCAUUAACUUCUACUACGGAUAUGUUUUCAUGGGCUGUAUGGUUUUUGCAUACUUCUAUGUUUUCUUCUUUGUCUCAGAGACAAAGGGUUUAACUCUAGAAGAGGUUAACGAAAUGUAUGCCGAAGGUGUUUUGCCUUGGAAGUCUUCCAAAUGGGUUCCUGCUUCCAGAAGAGGUGCUGAUUAUGAUGCCGAUGCUUUGAUGCACGACGACACCCCAUGGUACAAGAGAGUUGUUGGUAGAGGUUAA